CUUUCACUUCUUUCUGUUUGUUGUUUUAGCCUCAGUCAAAAUUUUAUAAAUCAUACUAUCUAAUACUAACUAUGGUGCACAUGCAUGUGUAACUAAAUACGCAGGUUAUUUGUUGUUCUGCUUUUAACAUAAUCUUACCUUUAAAGUUAAACAUAACCAAUCAUCUUAGCUUCAAACUCUGCCUACUGCAAACAUUUACAUUCCUUAUGCUCUCUGUCAGUGUAAAAGGUAAAUCACAACUUGAAAUUAGAAAUAGUUUUCUCAGAAUUUCUUGAGGAUUCAUGGAAAUACAUAUUAUCUCAAGUAUAAAAGGCUCUCUAAACAGCCACUGAAAAUAUAAGUAACUUGCAAGUAUACUUUAAACACAACUAUCUUCUAGUCUUUCUUUCACAAAGUUGCCACCAUCAAAAUUGAAAGAAUGAUAUUCAAGAUUUUGUAUUUCCUUUUAAUUAUCAUAUUAGUUGUGAAGAGUGAAAAUAUAAUCAAUAAUGCUAUGAAAAAUAUUCUAUUGGAUUAUAAUAUCUCCACUUCAACUGAAAACUUUUCUCCGUGGUUUUUUAAACAAAUGGUAGAUAUCCUAAACUGUGAUUCUUUACCAAAAUUAAACAACAGUCAAAUACAGUUUGUUUUGAAAUGGAAUGAAGAAAAGAUAUAUCUGGAACAAACUUGCGAUCGAUAUUUUGAAGCAAGCCAAAAGAAUACGACUGAUAUUGUUUGUCUGAAUGGUAAAUGGAGAUAUGAAGAUAAAAAAUGUAAGUUAAUAACUUGCCCAACUUUUCAUAAGCCUGCUCACAGUAACAUGACAAAUGUUUCAUACACAUAUAAAUCUGUUAUUUACUUUUCCUGCUUUCCUGGUUACUUUUUGCAAGGAAACCGUUCAAUACGCUGUGAAGAAACGAAACAGUGGUCAUCUCCCCCACCAGUUUGUAAACUUGUUACAUGUAUCCCACCUCAUACACCAAAACAUGCCAAUGUGUCCACUACAAAAGAAGUUGAAGUUAACAAAACAAUUCAUUUCAAUUGUUUGGAACCAUAUUCAUUGAAAGGUAAAUCAGUAUUAACUUGUCUUGAAGAUGGUGAUUGGAGCUUUCCAACACCCGUUUGCACUUGGAAAUGUUUAGUGCCCAAAAUAGCUGGGAGAGUGACAACUCUCUUGCAAAAUAAAGUUUUAAAACCAAAAACAUUAAUUCGUAGUGGAAAAAAAGUGUUAUAUUCUUGUAAACAGCCUUUCCUUCCAGUAGCAUUCGGAGUCAUUCAAUGUUUCUCUGGUAAAUGGCAUCCAGAUAUUCAGUGUAAAAAGACAUGUAAAAUUGAGAGAGUAAAGAAAUUAAACUAUACUUUAUCACAUAAUUUUACAGUAAUUGAAUAUUAUUGUCCAGCAGGAGAAACAUUAUUAGGGGACUCUAAAAGAACCUGUUUAGAAAACGGAACCUGGAGUAGCAAACUUCCAGUUUGUGUAAAAAAAUGUCACCUGUUACCUAACUUAGGCAUUUAUAGCUACCGAAAUUCAGACAACUUACAAUACCUUCCAUUCGGAAGCUCAGUUCCAGAAAACACUAAUAUAACAUAUUCAUGUCAGCAAAAUUACUCAAAGAAAACAAAGAAUGUGAGGUGUUCAGAUGGUACAUUGACUCCAGUACCACAUUGCUCAGACAAAAGAUUUUAUGUAGAGAGCAAAAAUCUUCGAUUCAAAAAUCAAUCAACUUAUUAUGUUUGUAAAGAUAAUUAUUCUUGCAAUUUUUUUGGUUACCGUGAUUACGGUAGCUGUGUCCGAACUUCAUGUUCUUAUAACAAGUGUGUUAGUAUCAGUGUUGACAAAGCAUCAAAGCUGUAUAUUAAGGCAUACCAUGACUAUUGCUGCAUUAUUAGGUGUCAUGAGAACUAAUAUCAAACUAUUUUCUACGUAUAUAUAAAAUUUACCAGCAAUGCUGUUUUGAUGCAUGAGAGACAACCCUACUUUGUAAUUUUAAGAGGUUUCUGAUAUUUAUUUAAUGAUAUCACUAACUGGUAAUAAAGCAACUGAACAUUUAAACAAUUUUCAAUCUUCAAUAUAAAUCUAUUCUUCUGUGUACUGUUGCAAGAGUAUUCUUCUUCCAGUCAGACACAUUUCAUCACACUUUCUAUUCUAUCAGUGAGUGUAUUUCAGGAACAUUUCCAGGUGAAACAUUUUUCAAUGAGUAAUUCAACACAGAUGAAUGGCAUACCUACAUAUACACACAUGUAUAAAUUCAUUUAAGUAUUAACCCUUGAGCUUAAUGUAUUAAGCUCAUCCACAAGUACAAAUGAAUUUUAUACUUCUAAUGACUAAUUCUGUAUGUGUCAUUCCAAUGACACCUCAAGAAUCAAUAACUGCAUAUAUUAUUGCAUUAUAUAUCAAGAUUGAUGGGAUUGUAUUCAGAUAAAACAACUGUAAAUUGAUGUAAUAAAAAGACUUGUUCACUCCAUUCUUCUUGUGUGUGGUGUGUGUGUGUGUGUGUGUGUGUGUACACACACAAUAAAUAAAUUUUUUUAUUAGUCACUAUGAGGAUAUUUAGACCUCUUAUAGGGAUAUUUUUAACCAAGAAACACUGGU